GCCCCGUCUGUCUCUCUGCAGGUUCAGCUGACGUUACAGGAGACUGCCCCGCCCCUUUCAUCUUGUCCGUUCCUCUGUCGUUGCCAUGGCGCUGUCACUCUGGUUACUGUGGAUGUGUCCUGUGUUGCUUAGCAACAUCGCUCCCUCUGAACAAGGUCUGAGUCGAGCGGCGAUGCCCUUCGGUCUGAUGAGGAGAGAGCUGGCGUGUGAGGGAUACCCCAUCGAGCUGCGCUGCCCAGGAAGUGAUGUCAUCAUGAUCGAGACGGCCAACUACGGCCGCACCGACGACAAGAUCUGCGACGCCGACCCCUUCCAGAUGGAGAACGUGCAGUGCUACCAGCCAGACGCGUUCAAGAUCAUGUCACACAGGGCGGCGCUGGAGUCACUCUCGUCUGUGUUUGCUCUUUCAGUGCGGAGCGACGCGCGGCUAACAGACUCACUCAUUCACCCGCUCAUUCAUUGA